AUGUUUUUUUUCCUUGUUGAUUAUCUUCUUUCUAGUCGUCGCGAACCUGGCGAUUGGUCUUGUCAUCAAUGUCAAGAAAUAAACUUCAAAUCACGUACUGUUUGUCGUCGUUGUUCGACUCCUCGUAAUCAACCAGCACAAGUCGAUUCAGCUGCUACUGGUAGUAUUCCUCAAAUUGUACCAAGACAAGGCGAUUGGACAUGUCCAUCUUGUAAUAAUAAUAAUUUUGCUGCUCGUAUUACUUGUCAUAAAUGUGGUCGACAAAAACAAGAGCCUAUGGGUUCGAAUGCUGCGUCAACUGUAACACAAAGACCAAAUGAUUGGACAUGUUCAUUUUGUCAGAACAAUAAUUUUGCUGCUCGUAUUACUUGUCAUAAAUGUGGUCGACAAAAACAGGAACCUAUGGAUAUCGAUAAUCGUUCACCAGUAACAUCUAAACCAGGUGAUUGGAAAUGUCCUUCUUGUCCUGAGAUGAACUUUGGUUCACGUACUGUAUGUCGUUCUUGUGGUGCAGCUAGACCAUCGGCUAAAAAUACGAAUAAUACUAAUACUGAAAAUGAAUGUGUUAUUUGUAUGGAAAAUUGUAUUGAUUCAGUAAUAACAACAUGUGGUCAUUCAGCUAUGUGUCUUCAAUGUGGUACUCAUGUUACUCAAUGUCCUAUAUGUCGUAAUCCUUUUAAUCAACAACAACUCAUUAAACUUUUUAAUGUUCAUUAA